AUGGCCUCAUCCCCGACUCCCGUGGUCCUCGUCACAGCCGGUAGCGCAGGCCUGGGCGCCGCGACCGCCCGUCUCUUCGCACAGCAUGGAUACCGCGUCGUGGUCAACUACAUCACCAAUGCGCAACGCGCCGACAUCCUGUGCGCCGAGCUCGACGGCGACGGCCACGUCGCGAUCCAGGCUGACCUGGGCUCGCGGAAUGACGUCGAGCGUCUCGUGCACGUGGCCUACACGCAGAUGGGCCGCCUGGACGUCGUCUUCUCCAACGGCGGUUGGACGCGCUUCAGCAUCACGACGUCGCUCGACGACAAUGCAGUCGAGGCAGACUGGGACCGUGCAUUCGCCGUUAACGUUAAGUCACACCUGUGGCUGCUGCAGGCGGCGCGGCCGCACCUAGACGAAGUAGAGGGGGCGUUCGUCGCUACUUCUUCUAUUGCGGGCGUGCAGGGUAUGGGGAGUUCGUUGGCUUAUUCGGCUACGAAGGCUGCACAGCUACACAUGAUCAGAGGCCUUGCCACCAUGGUGGCGCCCAAGAUCCGAGUGAAUAGCGUGUCGCCUGGGCUACUUCAAACGGAAUGGGCAGAGCGGUUUAGCAAAGAGCAGAAGGAAGCCCACAGGCAAAAAACCAAGCUGAAGAGGUUUGUUGCGGUCGAGGAUGUGGCGGCCCAGGUUCUUAGUCUGGCGACAUCGAAGAGUAUGACUGGGGCAAACAUAAUCAUUGAUGCUGGUUAUACGAUAUAG